AUGGAAAUAAGAGAAGUACCGCCAAAACGUUAUCAAUAUACUCCAGCAUCUGAAGAAAGCUCUGAAAUGAUGGAUGACUUGGAAGAUGUGGAUGAUGAGCAUUCGUAUAAAUUACUUGAUCUUGACAAAUUACCUUACGGCAUUUUGGAUAGUAAAAAAAGUGAAUUUUCUAACGAUGACUUUAACAAUAAGGGUGACGGCAUAUCUGAUUCAAGCAAAAAAACUGCUGAUAACCAUGAUGAGGAAGAAAGUGACGAAAAUGACGACGUGGAAUCUGAAUACGAUAGUGCAGAUGGCAUUAUCAUUGGAAACAAGUAUCUUAUGUAA